AUGGAGUCUCCUAUCAAUAUUGGUGAUCUAACCACAAAUUCAAUUCAACAAAAACUAACAAAUACUCAUAUUAAUUCUGUUUAUAGUACAAAUGUAACAUCUGCAAUAUAUUCAAGAAUGAAAAUAAUUCAAUUAACUAUUAAAUUUGGAGAAAAUGUCAAUAAUAAUAACAAUAAUAAAGAUAUUGAAAAUACAAAUAUAAAUGAAUUAAAUAUUUUAAGAAGAGUUCAAGAUUCUUUUAUAAAUAUAAGUCAAUUAUUACAAAUAUUAGUUCAAUUAAAUCUUUUAUCAUCAUCACAAAUUGAAAGUUUUAUAAAAAAUGAAAUAUUAACAAAUCCUGAAUAUCAUGGAAGAAAUUUAAAUUCCAAAAAUAAUUCACAAAUACUAGAUUAUAGAAAUAAUGAUAAUAAAAAUUUAAGAGGUAUAUGGGUAUCUUAUGAUAAAGCUGUUAAUAUUGCUUUAAAAUUUGAUAUUUAUGAAUUAACAAAAGAUUUAUAUUUAGUUGAUGUUCAUGAUUUUGAAAAAUUACCAAAAUAUAAGAAAAGAAGCUUGGAUGAUGAUAAUGAUGAUUCUUUUAUUGAUCAUAUUGGUUCACCUUCCAAAAAACAAAAACUCGAAAAUAAUACAACCAAAUCUAAUAAUGAAUCCUCACAAAAUAAACAAACAACUAUACCAAAAAAUUCCAAAAUAAUAGUUGAUAAAUAUGUAAAACAAAAUAACAAAUAUCCAUUCACUUUAUCACCAAAAGUAAUAGACGAUAGUCAAUUAGAUUUAACAAAUGAUAUAAAGAUAGUAUUAGGAGAAAUUUUUAAAAAGGAUGAUAAAUUAGAAGAUGAAGUAUCAAUAGAUGUUGUUAAAAAAGAAUUUGAACCAAUAUUACAAAAAUAUUCAAAAUCCGAUCAUCAAGAUAUACCAUUAGAUCAAAAGGGACAAACUGCUUUACAUUUUGCAUCAACUUUAGCUUCUUUAAAUUUAGUAUCUUCUUUUAUUCAAUUAGGAUUAAGUUCACCAGUUUGUGGAAAUGAUUUUGGAGAAUCACCUUUAAUUUCAUGUAUUCAAGUUACAAAUUCAAUGGAAAAGGGAAAUUUUAAUGAUAUAUUAACUAAUUGGCUUUAUCCUAAUAUUUGGUUAUUUGAUAAAUCGGGAAAAUCAAUAUUACAUCAUUUAGCAUUACAAUCUGAUAAAAAUGAAAGUUUUAAAUUUUAUUUAAUUAAAAUUUUAGAAUAUAUAUUAUUAUCAAAUGACAAAAAAUUAAUUGAAUUUAAAACAAAUAUUAUAAAUUCUAAAGAUGAUGAAGGAAAUACUGCAUUACAUAUUGCAAUUGAAAAAGAAAAUAAAUGGUUAAUUAAAAUUUUAUUAGAAUUAGGAGCAGAUGUUAAAAUUACAAAUAAACAUAAUAUUAAAUGUGAAGAUUUUGAAAUUUUGAAUGAUUUGGAAAAAGAUGAAUUUGAUGAUCAUAUUUUUCAUUUAAUUCAAACAAGUUAUGAAUUUUUAAAUGAACGUAUAGAAACGGUUGGAAUUGAUAACAUAACGGAGGCAGAAGAAUUGAAAGAAUCUGUUGAACCAAAUUUACCAAAUUCAUUUGAAGAUAAUUCCAAUGAACCUGAUAGUUCAAGUAAAAUAUUUCAAAGUAUACAACAUCUACUAUCAGAUACAAACCAUCAAUAUGCAAAUAUAUUAAAUUCCAAAAGACAACAAAUAAAAACUUUAGAUCAAGCUUUACAUGAUGCAACAAUUACAGCAGCAAAUAAUAGAUUUCAAAGUAAAAAAUUAAAAGAAAAUUUAAUAAAUUUAGAUAAUUUAAAAUUACAAGUUGUAAAUGUAACAGAUAAAUUAUUAUUAUUAAAACAAGAAUAUAAUAAUAACAAUGAUAAAGAUACAAACGAAGAAGAACAAGAAAAAUUUGAUGAAAAUCAACAAUAUUAUGCUGAUGCUCCAUAUAUAAUUGAACCAAUUUAUAAAAAAAUUACAAAUAAUGAAUCAUUAGAUGAUUUAAAAAAUGAUACGGAUUUAAUGAAAUCUUUACCACCUAUAAAUUCAUUAAAAGCAAAAAUAAAUGCUUAUAAACAAAUUAAUGAAAAUUUAGAAAAUGAAUUACAAAGUUUAAUUGAUUAUAGUGAAUUAACUUCUAAAUUUAAAAAUGUUGUUAGUAUAUGUACAAAUGUUGGUAUUGGAGAAGUUGAUGAAUUAUUAGAUGGAUUAUUAGAAGCUGUUGAAGGUCAACAAUAG